AUGCAGAAUAUACAGGAUUUAAUAGAUACAGUGAGUUCUUACGGGGCCCUGGCUGGUCGAGGCUUGACCACCCAGCUGACAAAAUUGGACUCCAAUUCCCAACUCCUUGUGGCCGCUCUCAUCGCCGGCAUCACAACACAUUUGGGAUAUUUCAUUCGUGGAGAGCACCACAGAGGAACCAUACAAAUUGUCAAGAUUUAUGUCGCCCUUGAUGUUAUUAUCGCUGGCCUCUGCAUCCGCCUGAAUGGGGGUGGUCCGAGAACAGGCGCUGUUCACGGGGCUAUUGUGACUGCCGCAUACUUACUGGGCCUUUUUGGGACCAUGAUCGUCUACCGAGCAUUCCUGCACCCUCUUCACCGGUUCCGAGGCCCAUUCAUGGGCCGAUUCUCGAACUUAUACCAUUCCUCCUUGUUGGGAAACUCGGAUAAUUAUCGGGUGAUUUAUGAUUUACACAAACAAUAUGGUCCAAUCGUGCGAACUGGUCCUUCAAAUUUGAGCCUCAAUGUUCCGGAGGCAGUCCAACUCAUAUAUGGGGCGGAAUCAACUUGUGGGAAGACUGCGUGGUAUGAAACCUCACUGCCAUUGAUGAACUUGCACACCGUGCGCGAUAAAAAGGUACAUGACCUUCGCCGUAAGGUCUGGGCGCGUGCAUUUUCACCAAAGGCACUAAAUGAAUACGAUGGGCGUAUUGCCGAAUAUUCAGAGCUGUUUUGUCGCCAAAUUGCCGACCUAAAAGGCCAGCCCUUUGAUGCAACGCGUUGGUUCAAGUUCUACGCUUGGGAUGUUAUGGGUGAGCUCGGCUUUGGCGAAGGAUUCCAUAUGUUGGAUGAAGAAAAGAACCGCUGGCUGCCGGAUCUACUGGAGGAAGGAAUGGCCGACAUCGCACAACUACAGGUGGUUCCGUGGCUGACGAUCUUACUACAUAAUCUUCCCUUCGGAGCCCAAGGUCCUAAGAAAUUUGCGGCCUUCUUCACUGAGCAAGCACUGCGCCGUGUCGAACAAACUCCAACUAAGCCGGAUAUUCUUAGUUAUCUAGUGGAAGAUUAUAAAAAGAGCCCAAAGAAAGAGGCUGACUUCCAAUGGCUUCGGGGGGACACUCGACUCUUCGUCGUCGGCGGGAGUGAUACGACUGCAGCCACUUUAACGCACAUCAUGUACUAUUUGGCUACCUAUCCUGAUCAACUCGCUAAACUCCGCGCUGAGGUGGAGCCACUCCUGAAAGGACGAGCUACGCUGGAUCCUAAGGACGUCGGGGAGGCCAAGCAUCUAAACGGUAUCAUUCAUGAAGUCCUCCGGUUACACCCCCUAUCCCGUCCGGCUUCCCACGGCUCAUCCCAAAGGAAGUAUCCUUGCUCUACUUCCGUCAGUAUUGACAACUGGUAUGUCAUAUUUCUAGCGGAGGAAGUCUAUGUCCGACCAUUCGAGUUUAUUCCAGAGCGCUGGUACUCCCAUCCAGAGUUGAUUAAGCACAAGAACACGUUUGCUGCGUUUGGCCUUGGCACCUACGGGUGCAUCGGUCGAGCAUUAGCGCUUAUGGAGAUGCGUAACAUAAUUUGCCGCAUCCUAUCGCGCUUUGAGAGUAUUGAAAUGGCCCCUGGUGAGGACGGCUCCUCGUUGAUGAAUAUGACCAAGGAUCAUUUCACAAUGGGCAUCCAGUCCUUCAAAAUGGUCUUUAAAGCCAAAUAG